AUGGAUUUUCCAGCUGUUGCUAGAAGAUUAAACUCUGUACAUGAAAUGGAAAGACGGCAAAAGAAAGUCCGUAAUUAUUUUGGAGAAGGUCACCAUAGUUUUCAGGCUAGAGAUCGUAAGGCUGUGGUUAAUUGGAUGAUAGCAUGCGUAGAUUUUUACAACGGUGUUCUGGAAGUUCUCCACCUAUCAGUUGCAUUAUUUGACUUAUUCCUGUCUUCUAGAAACUCACCACCGAUUUCAAGCGAAAAACUGCAAGGUGUUGGAGCAGCAUGUCUUAAAGUCGCUUAUGACACGAUGCUUCUUUGUACAACAGAUGAGGGUUUGAAUAUUGUUCAUAUGACUGCUGCAAUCGACCCAGCGUUUUCUUCAGAGGAACUUUUUAGCUUGCACAAUUCGGUUUCUGAAUGUUUUCAUGGUAGGACGUUUUUUAUAACUCCCUAUGUCUUCAUUUCGUAUUACCAGAUUAUUCUCAAAGUAAAACCUCGUCACGAUUUGUUUCAUUUGAUGAACUAUAUAGUGGAACUAGUGCUAUAUGAUGACUUUCUCUGCGUAAGAAAUUACUUUAGACCAAGUCUUAUAGCGGCAGCUACUCUUUAUACGGGGAUAACUGUAUUUAACUUCCGUAACGCAUGGUUUCAGGACUUGUCAGAUCUGACAGGGUAUACUGGAGAAGAGGAAGACUUGCGAAUUGUUCAUGAACGCAUGAAAGUGUUAUUAGCAUCAGCUUCCUCUGAACAAAGGAAACAUUCAACACAGUCAAGAUACAGCACUUCAAGGAACCACAAAGUGAGCACUAUUGAUUAUUCAACCAUUUAUUAA